UUGGUUAGCCUGCACAUAGGAAGUCUGCAGUGUAGGAGGGCUAUCAGUGACGCCAUAGGGGGGAAGUUUACUGGAGGUGGAAAUACCCUCAGUUUUGUUUCACUUCGCAACAGAUAGUCUAUCACACUGGCUGAAUUGUUUAAAAGGUUGUGCCUUCCUGGGACAAAUAUCAGAAGAAUCCAGGCAGCAGACAGAAUCAUAUGGACAUCUACACGUUUCAUGGAGCUGGCGUGGGCAAGUUCUAGUUCCUGGAACAUAUCUGAGAUUUACACACAAGGAUCCUGGUUGAGGACGCCUUUCUUGGCUCACAGCUCCUCCUGGGUUGUUUGAGGACUUCUUAAAGAGUUGGAAGGAAGCUGCUGGUUUGCCAGGUUUGACACGGUACCAUCUAUCACACACCAGUAGAGGGCCCAGUGUGACUGCAAACUUGUAUUACUUUUUAUUUGUAGUAAUACGGUUAUUCGUGUAUGAUUUUUAUUUCAUUUUUUAAAUGAACUCUUUAAUCUACUAAAUAAGCAACUUUCCCUUUAAUGCAUGACCUUUUUUCUUAAUCUAAAAGCACUUGGAGGUCAGAUACACAAUAAAUGAGCUCAUACAAGGAACUGAAAGCAGUGUUGUUGACAUACUCAAAUCCACAGUAAUCCACCUUGAACUGAACCUCUCACUGCAUUCUCACAUCGAACACGAAAUAAAUGACACAAUAGUGAUAAAUUAUUAACCACAGGUGUGAGGCCCAGCCUGGUCAGCUGACUUGAACAAUAGAAGCUGUUCAAAGAAAAUAAAAAACGAUCUGUUGGCUCUAUUGUUGGGAACACCUUUGACUUGCAAAGAGAAAUGCAGGCAGCAGAGCUCUGAAUGGGCUGUUGAGUACACAACACUCAACGUUGAGGACAGCAAAACAUGAUGAGAAAACUCCUCACCUUCCUGGCAGCUUUUCUUCUCCUCAGUCUGGUGUCUUUUGCUGGGGUUUUACUCUACAGCAAAGACAGCUUUUUGACUUUUUUAACAAGGCCAUAUCCUGUGGCAAAUGGAAACUACACUUUUUCCUGGAGGAUAAAAGAGGUUCAGCAACUAUCGGUAAAAGAAACUAAAGACCCAAAAGUCAACCAAGAAACGAUACAUAUGCCGGCCUCUACGAACAAGACUUUGGGACCCUGUAUUGACCCCCCUCCAAAUCUUCUGGGACCUCUCCGAGUGGAGUUUAACUUUAAACUGACUUUGGAAGAGGUGAGAAAGGAGAUCAGUCGUCCUCUCCAGGAGGGAGGACGGUACAAGCCACCAGACUGUAUCGCAACACAGAAGGUGGCAAUCAUCAUCCCAUUCAGAAAUCGACAUGAGCACCUCAAACACUGGCUGUAUUUUCUCCAUCCUAUAUUGAUGCGGCAGCAGCUGGACUAUGGUGUGUAUGUCAUCAACCAGGAUGGAGAAGGAGUGUUCAACCGGGCUAAACUGAUGAAUGUAGGAUAUGUUGAAGCCCUGAAACAAUAUGAUUAUGACUGCUUUGUCUUCUCUGACGUGGACCUGGUUCCCCUAGAUGACCGCAACAUCUACAAAUGUUUUGACAACCCCAGACACUUGGCUGUGGCUAUGGACAAAUUUAACUUCCGGUUACCCUACAAAACCUACUUCGGUGGAGUCUCUUCACUUUUCAAGAAUCAAUUCUUGAAAAUAAAUGGCUUCCCGAACACUUACUGGGGCUGGGGUGGUGAGGAUGACGAUAUCUAUAAUCGAAUCGUCUUCCGUGGGAUGUCCAUUUCUCGGCCUGACUCUGAAACUGGAAGGUACAAGAUGAUCAAACAUAACAGAGACUUGCACAAUGAGGCCAAUCCAAAGAAUCCUGACAAACUGAGACACACCCAGAGGAGCAUGGAUAAAGAUGGGAUUAAUUCCCUUAAAUACACAGUCAAGGAGAUUGUGAAGGAUGCACUGUACACUUUUAUCACUGUGGAUAUUCAGGCUCCAGCAAACUAAACCAGGAUGCAACCUGUAGAUCCUGGACUGCUGCUGAUUAUUGAUUUAUUGGUGUUUCAGUCUCAGAAGUCAAAUAAGUGGGCGGUACUCCAUGAUUAUUCUGGGUGGUUCUCCGUUCUUGAGAUCCCUGUGAAUCUGUUUGGUUGGCCUUUUAUAAACCAAGGGCAGUCGUGUGUGUUUAUGUAAGGUUUUCUAUGGAAACCAUGUCUAUAUGUGUCUGUCUGUCUGUCUGAGGUUUAGUUAACCUCUUAUUUGCUUUAGCACAAUCUUUAAAUGACAAUCACUGUUGUCCAGAUAUGAAAUUUUUUCGGCAUCCACAGCAGUUUUUUUUCACAUUUCUGACUAAAGUGAGAGAAAAAAAAACAUUUAAAACUACAGUUUACAGCAUUUAAUAAAUUUGACAGAGACACAACAGACUUUUAUUCAAGUAUGGUACUUGAAUAUAUUUUUGAUGUAUGUUGAGGUAUUUAGAGAUAAAAUGCAACACAACAGUCAUUUUGAUUUUUUUUUUUUUUUUUGCCAUCACACAUCCGAAAAGAAAGCAGGAUACAGUCAAGCAGAUGGUUCAGAUAUCUAAAUCUAAAUUGUAAAAAAUAGCUCCAUCAACACUUGGAAGAAUAUAGCAUAGGUUAAUGUUCAAGUAACUGAUUGUGAUGUGAUCGCAGAAGUAUUCAGGUGUGCCACUUUAAGGUGGAGCAACACUCCAGAAUGUAUGGCUGGUAAAUGAUCUACACAGGUUGAUGCAAAAGAUUAAUAUGUCUGUCUGAGAUCUGAUGCGUACUGAUUGAGGUAAAAGUCUAUCUUGAAACCAAUCCCUGUGACUAAAUAGUACAUGGUGGUGAAGGGAUGUUAUAUCAUGUUUUACAUUUACUUUUUCAAUUAUUAAUUUCCAUAAUUUAGUUCUAUUGAUUCAUAUUGGAUGUCUGACAGAAAUGCAACAACAUCUCCUAUAUUUUUGUUGUUGUCAUUGCUGUUACUGUAGGGGUUCAUUGUAAAUAUGGGUCGCACAGGAAAGGUACUGGAUAGGUUUAGUCAACAAGCAGACAGGAAAAUAGGGAGAAGAAAGGGGGGAAGACCUGCAGCAAAGGACCGUGCGUUGGAAUCCAACCUAGGCCUCUGCAUCAGAGACAGUUGUAGCCCUUGUUCAUGGAUCACCUGCUCAACCAGUUGAGCUAUCUGGGCACACCACCUGUUAUUAUAUUUGUUGUUUUUAAUAGUUUUUACUGUUGUUUUCACUACUUUUAACUGUCACGGUUUAAGGAUGGCAAUGGGAUGAUUUUUAUUGCGGCAGCAAUGCAGUGGUUCCUGUAUAUGUUUCUUUUUGACGGAAGGGUUUGAUAUUUAUUUAUAGUCGUUGCAAUGCAAGUGUGGCAUUCUGCACAGUGCCCACACAUGUGAUAAUGUCUUGUGUUCAGUAACAUUUUUUAAAAUAUGUAUUUUAACAACUGAAAAGAAUUGUACUGAAAUGUGUUUCUUCUACGGUUUAGCACCUAGCUUGGCCAGGAACAUCAAAACCAAAGAAAAACAAAAGAAAAUAUAUGCACAUUGUCAGUGAGACACAAUCUACAUUGAGUACAAUUGUUCAAUGGAUUCAAGAUGCCAGCUACAUUAUUAACAAACAUUAUUUACCAUCUGAUCAGCAGAUAUACUGUCGUUGUCUUCUUUAUGCAUUCCCAUUUUUACAACUGUGGAAAAAAUGCCGGGAGUGACUGACAGUUUCUUCAUUACUGAGGUGCUAUAUAUUCUUUAAGGUUUCUGUAAAGUUUCCACUGUAAUUGUCUUAGAUCAUAUCAGAUAACUUGACCUGUCACUUAUGUCACAAAAGGGAAGAACAGUGUCAGAUUUCUUCACAGUUUGCUCAUGGCAACAAUCCUGCAUUUCUUUUUUUUUUCUUUUACUAAAAUAAUCAGACUUUGAUCUCUGCUUUAAAUCUGUAGUUUAGUUAGUCUGAAUUGCUAUAGACUGAAAUUUAAUUAAAUGCCAAAGUGCCUCACUUAUGUCUGACCUAUUCAGAUCUUCAUUUCCAAUCACCAUAACUUUUUGACGGUGUCUAUAUUUUUAAACAAGAAAAGCACUCAGAGAGCACAGUAAGCCAAGGCUGCUCAGUCGUCGUAUCUUUUCCGAUGGAUAAAAUCUUGAAAAAAUUUGUGGCUGAAAUCACGGCACCAUAGAGUAUGGCCAUUUAAUAUCGAUGUACCCACAAACAAAAUGACGCUGCACUGAGAACAGGCGUGUGUUAUGAAUGUGUAUGUUUACCAAAUCAUCACCAAAUUGCGUGAUCUAAAAAUGUAGCGGGUGGUGGGAAUUGAUGGGACUCAGAAACACCCUCACAAUAUAAUCAAUUGUUUUUUUGUAUGAUUUCCAACGGAUAACUCCUGAUUAGUCCACAGUGGUGGAUUUGUAGGACGACUGCAAUCAUGUGAUCGUCAGCAGGCAGCUGACAUAAUUUUCACUUAAACUGUAUUUAAAGCAAAUAUGAGACUUUAUGGCUUAUAUAUGUCAAGUUAUCAUAUGAAUGAAGGAUUUUUGUGGAAAAAAAUGUGUGUUGAAAUGUAGAGGGGAUCUGAAUGUCACUGGAAGAGAAAUAGGGGACUGAAUCUUGUUUUAAUUUAUUCUGUUUGUUUUAAUUUAAUUUGAAGAUGAUAUAAUUAGCUUAUAAUACAUCCUGUACUAUAAGCCGCGCACACAUAUGUAUAUUUAAAAAUAAUGCAAAAAUAUAUAUGCAAUGUGUCAUGUAACCUCACUUCAUUAAUUUCUAUGUUGAAUAAAUAAAUUCAUAUUUUUGUUG